AUGACCCCCUCCCCUCCCCGUCAUCCCCUUCCCUCCCUCCCGCAUCGCACCUACGUCUACCCCCGCAAGAAACAUGGAGAAGCCCAGCGCGGAUCCGAUCGCGUCGCCCUCACCUUGGAGUCUAUCUCCAAGCUUGUCGACAUGAAGCAAGUCGACGCCGCCAAGACAUUUGGGCUAUCGCUGACGGCGUUCAAGAGCGCUUGCAGACGCGUAGGCAUCCAUCGAUGGCCGUACCUCCGAAAGCAAGGCGCUAGCACAGAGCGGCAGGCGUCCUUGGCACAGGGGAGGCGGGCAGGCAGUGAGGAAGACUCGACCUCUGAGGAGCCUGAGGAGGUCUCAGGGCAGGAGGAAGGAGAGACGGAGGGCGUGGCGAGGCGGAAGCCCGUCUGUCUCUUGCCGAUCGAGAGCCUAGUCAAUACAAGCGAGGCGAGGCCUUACUCACCCAGCAAGGAGAGCUCGGGAUACUGGUCGCCAACGCACAGCAGAGAGCAGCACGAUCUUUUCGACGAAGCGCUAGAUCAUGUGCUGUCGAGUUGA